UCCAAACCUCCAGCCCCGUCCGCAACUUCUCAGAUGUGUCUGGGACGCAGCGCGCAUGCACACUGAGGAAAUGAGUCCGGACACCGCUGCGUUUUCUCCAGACAUCCGUUUCAAGAACUGCUGUUUUCUUUCUUUAUUCAGAAGAGACACAGUUUAACAUUAAUCGAUGAUGGAGUCGGAGGAGAGUAAGAUAUCGGUGUGGGUCUGCAGAGAGGAGAAGCUCAUCCACGGCUUGUCAAAGCGCACAACCUGCGCUGAUGUUAUUAAAGUGCUUCUGGAAGACCAAAACUCACAGCACGGACUUUCUGCAGCGCAGUCGUACUGCAUCGUGGAGAAAUGGAGAGGUUUCGAGAGGAUUUUGCCGAACAAAACAAAGAUUUUACGGCUUUGGGUCGCGUGGGGAGAGGAGCAGGGGAACGUGAAGUUUGUGCUGGUGAAAAGCGAAGCGUCUUUGGCGAACCACGGAGCCCGGAGCGCGGAGGCGCGCGUGGUGCUCAGCAAACAGAGCCCCUGUGUCACCAAGGGCACUGCGCGGUCUCCCAUGGGGGGCAUCUCACCUGAAAAACAGCGUCGGAUUGUGAGGAAAGCUUUCAGAAAGUUGGAGAAGAUCAACAAAAGGAGGGUGCGCGCGGCGCACAGAGACGCGUCCUCUGCGGAGAAGAUUGAAACUUUGGUUCAUGUUGUGGUUUCUCAGGAUCACACAAUCCGCCAGCAGAUCCAGAGGAUUACAGAGCUGGACGCGGAGAUCGAAAGGUGUGAGGCAAAGGUGCAUUUUGACAGAAUCAAAAGACACGGGAUUAAUUAUGUUCAGGACACGUAUUUGGUGGAUGCUGCUGCAGCUUCCAGCCGAGAGGAAGACAAACUCUGUUCAACUGAGACACUUGCCAAGUUUGAAGAGUAUGUCCGGCGGUGUGAGGAGGUGGUUCGACUACAAGAGGAGCUGUGGGAGCAGGACGCUCUCAUAGAGAUCCUCACGGUGCAGAUCCAGGAGGAGCUGAACCACCGCUGGAUGCAGCGGAGGACAGAGGGCGCACAAUCUGUCCCCAGCACCGAGGCAGAGACAACAUCAGAAAACGAGCUGUUUUUGGAAGAAGAGAGGAUCAAAACGCAGCUAGAUGCGAGUUUAUACAUCGGUCUGCGCCUCAACACGGAUUUAGAAGCUAUUAGGAGCGAUUUAGAGCUGACCCAGGAGAUUUGCAGGGCGAGGGAGAAGGAGAUGAGGGAUUUGCUGGAGGAAGUGAACACUUUGGACAUAGAGGAAGGGACAGCCAGUGAGGAAAGAUGUAGCCACGAGAAGGAUGAUAAGACGGGGAUGAUGAGCACUUUGGAGAGGAAAAGCGAGUGGGUGGAGCAGGCCAGGGGUCUGUCAAAAGCUCACAGCGUGAACGACGACGACUCAGACACUGGCUUAAGUUCUCUGCACAGUCAGGACUCAGACAGCCACCCUGUGUGGGAGUCUCUGGUUUAGAGUUUUACCAGCUUAUCUGUUCUUGAACUAGAGAGAAAAUAAGAACCUCUACAGUCUCAGGGAUCAUAAUUACUCUGAAGUAAACGAAAAUUCAGUGUAAUAAUUCCACAUGGAUGACAGUGAAUUGAAACUGAACCCAUCUUACUUCAUGGUGUUUUUUAUAUUUGUAUGGCAUCAUUAUAAUCUCCCAUAUUAUUAUUUUUUACAUCCUUCUU